AAAAGUAACUAAAGUUUUCACAUUGGCAGCGUUGCGGAUUCUUUGAUUUUCAAAUAUAACAGAAAGUGAACCGCGCUCAAUUGUUUCACUCGUCAAAAGUUUGCGUUGUAACGAACUAUUGGGAAUCUCGAGACUCGAGAACGUUUUCGUACGUUGCUGUGGAUCGUAUUCUCGUUGUCUCAUCGUCAGUUUGUAAUUUUUGCGCCGUUCGUUCUCUAGAAAUUCUCCGGCUGGCGUGAAACGAUGAGGAUGGCAUCAUUCGAUGACUAUAACGAUAACGAGCGAGCUAAAAAGCUAUACGAAUAAAAGAGAAAAUUAUAUAUAGGAUUUGCCCAGAUGGCAUCGGAGAGCAAUGCUGCCACUACAAAAGAGUAAAUUGCGUGAUCGAUAAUAUCAAAUUUGUCGUGUGUGUGAAAGUAUAUACAAAAUAUGCCGUAUUUAUAAUUUUGAUUAAACCGCGUCUGUACGAACUUGUCGUUUUGUCACGAGGAGACGCAGGAAUCUAUCUUUUUCAUUGCGCGCCAUUUCUCGGAGUGAGUUACCGUUUUCGCGAACGCUGCUUUUAAGCGUCAUUAUCGGAAAGUUUUCAACAGUUUUCUCGUUCGAACGAUGUCGGAGGAAAUUGCACAGGCUUAUCGAUUCUCAAGAGAGCUGAUUUUCAUCGCGAGUACGUGAGUCAUCAUGUCGAGCGAAGUCGAGGAGGAAGAACAGCAGCAGCAGGAGGAAGAAAAGCCAUUCGCUGUGGAACGCGCAAAGACCGGCCGCGCGAAAUGUAAAAAAUGCAAGUGCGUCAUCGAGAAAGACGAGAUACGGAUCGGAAAGUACGUGAUGAGCUUCUUCGCGGAUGGGAAACUGAUGCUAGCCUGGCAUCAUGUCACCUGUAUGUUCGAAGCGUUCGCCAAACAGCGCGCGACGACCAAGAGAAUCGACGAUCCCGCGGAGGAUGUGAAGGGUUGGGAGCAAUUGUCCGACGACGAUAGAAAGCUCAUCCUUGACAAGCUGGAGGAAUUCGAGAAAUCUUAUCCUACAAAGAUUUCGAAAAAGACUGCGUCGCCGCGGAAAACAACUUCUUCUUUGAAUAGUCCAGGAAAAACGGCGGAAAAGAGGAAGAAAGAGACCGCAACUGAUAACAAGGAGAAAGAUAAGGAAGAAAGGGAAAAGAUCUCGUCGAAGGAUGACUCCUUUCGCGAAUUUCGACGAGUAUGCAGCAACAUCGCCAGUGUCGACGCUUACACCGACAAGACUGCGAUUAUUAAGAGGAUGUUUACAAGAGGAAUGCAGGGAGACGGUUUUAAGGGCGACAUCGUGCUUUGGUGCAAGUUGCUGCUGCCCGGUGCUGUAAAGAGAAUAUAUAAUCUGCAGAGUAAGCAGUUGAUAAAAUUAUUCGCGCGAAUGUUGCUCCAGGACGAGGACGCGAUGCUGGAACAUCUGGAGCAAGGUGACGUGGCUGAGACGAUCAGCAUGUUUUUCGAGAAUAGCGAUGCCAUGUCGCCUUGUACCGCGAGCGUGUUGACGAUCCAAGACGUUGAUAUUUUUUUGGAAGAUUUGUCGCGUUUAACCAAGGAAGAGGAACAGAUCCAGCAUUUUCGAUCCAUCCUCGAUAAAUGUACCUCCAACGAUCUCAAGAUGAUCGUGCGUCUGAUUAAGCACGAUCUAAGGAUCAACGCUGGUCCGAAACAUAUUCUCGAGGGAGUCCAUGUGGACGCGUACAAGGCCUUUCAGAUGUCCCGAGAUUUGGAAGCGGUGAUACGUCGUUUUCUGCCGGAUUUGAAAGAAAAACCUUCGAAUACCUCGGGCUCGCCAUCAAGUCGGAAUAAAGUAGCCAUCUCGCUGAUGACGCCCGUCUUACCGAUGCUGGCAGAGGCGUGUACAUCCGUGGCAAUGGCGAUGCGAAAGUGCCCGAAUGGGAUGUUAUCCGAAGUCAAGUACGACGGCGAGCGCGUACAGGUGCACAAAAGCGGAAAUGACUUUCGAUACUUCAGCAGAUCCCUCAAACCGGUCUUACCGCACAAGGUGAAUCUAUUUAAGGAUUACAUAGUACGGGCGUUUCCUGACGGUGACGAUUUGAUUCUUGAUUCCGAGGUUCUAAUGGUCGACAAUGAGACUGGGCAACCUUUGCCUUUUGGAAGUUUAGGAAUUCACAAAAAAGCCGAAUUUAAAAACGCCAAUGUGUGCCUCUUUGUUUUCGAUUGUCUGUACUACAACGGAGAGAUACUUAUGAACAAGCCUAUGUUGGAGCGCAGAAGGAUUUUAAAAGACAGAAUGACCGAGAUACCGAAUAGAAUAAUGCUAUCAGAGGUUCACGAAGUUCAUGAUCCGCGUGCUUUGGCGGAAAGAAUCAUGUAUGUGUUGAAAUUGGGUCUCGAGGGUUUAGUCCUGAAGGACAUCGAUAGCAAAUACGAGCCAGGCAAGAGACACUGGUUGAAGGUAAAGAAGGAUUAUUUGUGCGAGGGUGCAAUGGCUGAUAGCGCAGAUCUCGUCGUGCUUGGCGCAUGGUAUGGCACAGGCAAUAAAGGUGGCAUGCUAUCGAUCUUCUUAAUGGGCUGCUAUGACGAGGAACGCGAUAAAUGGUUAACCGUGACCAAAGUCCAUACCGGACAUGAUGAUACCACUCUGGCGGAGCUGCAAAACCAGCUCGAUAUGGUGAAGAUCGGCAAGGAUGUUGAGAAGUUGCCGAGCUGGUUGCUCGCCAAGAAACCCAUGGUACCGGAUUUUGUGGCAAAAGAUCCCAAGAAACAACCGGUAUGGGAAAUUACGGGAGCCGAAUUUACGAAUCAGGGAGUACACACCGCGGACGGUAUUAGCAUCCGGUUUCCGCGUGUCACGCGAAUCCGUCACGACAAGGAUUGGUCCACGGCCACUAGUUUGAACGAGUUACGCGCGCUCUUCAAGAAGAAGCCGGAUUCAGUUGACUUUAGUCAUCUACUCGGAACAUUGGUCGAUGUCGAGGAUAUCCCGAGAAAAAGAUCUCCAGCUACAUCGCCGAGAAAAUGUGAGAAGAAGGCAAGGAAGAUAAUGAGCUCGUUGGACGAACCGUCAACGAGUUUCAAAAUCGAGAAUGAUUUAGAAGAAUCCUUCGAAAAACGAAAGAGAGAUAAACGCAACGAAGAACCAGAUAUCGCGGAUGUCUAUUUGCGGAAGAAGAAAUUGAAAGUAUCGAAGAUCGAAACGGAAGCAAAAGUCAAAAGAGACGGAUCGGAUUUGGGAGGGGGAACGGAAAAGAAUCAUGACGUCGAUUGUUAUCUUAAUAGCGAUGCGAACGCGGAAGGAUCCUCCGAGUUCUCGAGCGUUCGCGAUCCCGACGACGAGGAUAACGAAUCCAAUAACGUCCUGCAGGACGUACGAGCGAGUCUUGCGCCCGGCUUCAACAAGAGCAGGAGGAAGGAUGUGCAAAAGAUGCUCAAAAAACUUGGCGCUAUGAUAGUAACGGAGAAUAGACUAGACUCGACGACGACCCACGUCAUCCACACGCGCGCGGAAAUUCCAUCCACUGCCAUUCUCAUGGAUUUCGCCGAUUUUCCGAGGACCGCCAAGCACGUGAACGUGUCCUGGUUGGAAGAGUCUGCGACGCGAUCUGCGAAGCAGGACGAGAUCUGUCACGCGGUACAGCUAGUUAGCGAUUACUGUGAUUGUCCCUGCGUACAUUGACAAGCGCAGAAGGUAUUACAUUACACAUAUAGAAUGUUUUUUAUGAAAUUAAAGUAAAAAGAGGCAAAAAACGGAAAUGUAACUGUUUUGAAACAGAUUACUAUUAUACUUUUAAGCCUUUCCACAUUUUUGUAUACAUUUUAGAAGAUCGUACUUUGCAUUUGCGAUAUCGUGAGCAAUUAAUUUUUCAAGUAAUAAAUUGAUUAAAUUAUAUAAAUCACUAACAAUA